GCCGCGCGGGCGGGCCAUGUCCCAGGACUCCCUGUCGCUGUGGCAGCUGGUGGAGGAGCAUGUGCCACUCCCGGAGCGGCCCGAAGUGAAGAGGCUCCUGGGGGAAGCGGCGGUGGACCUCAGCCUGGAACUGCGAGCCGAGCCCUUCUUGCAGGUGGCCGUCCUGCGGGAACUGCUCCUUGAAGCUCCAUCCUCCAAAAGUGCCACUGUGGGCCCUGCCUCCGACCCCUGUGCCCUACUGGCACCACCGCCCCUUAUAAGGGAGCUUGUGCGUCAGGAACUCUGGCACCUGCUCCAAGGACUCCGACACAAGGCCAUCUGCCAGGGCAGGGACCAGGCCCAAGCGUGGGCCGCGUACAGCCCCAGGGUGGUGCGCUUUGCUCUGGAGGAGCCCCGCCAGGAUUCCCCGGAGCAGGAGAUACUGGGAAUGCGAGCUCACCAGCCCAGCAGCAGCCGCGGGGACCUCCGUGUCCUCAGGGACCAGCUGAACCCGUCUGAUAUCGACCAGGUUGCCGGGCACCUGCGGGGCCUCCUGGAGGAUGAGUGUCGCACCUUGGAGAGGGAGAUCGCCAUCCUGCAGGGUUGCCUGUUAAAGGAGUACACGCGGACAUCCCAGCCCCCCGAGACGGCCCUAGAGCCCACCCUGGCAGAGCUCCGAGAGCAGAAGAAGAUCAUGGAACAGGACCUGCAGGCCCCCCUGGCGCUCUCCCCCGCCUCCCCCAGCCACAGGCAGCGGCCAUCAGGCUGGCCCCUCUCCCUGGUCCCGCAGGCCGUGAGGCCUUCCCUCCAGGAUCCCAGGCCCUUUCCUGGCCCCUGUGGGGCUGCAGGACUUUGGGCUGGGCCUUUCCACGUGCCUACGCCUCCUUCGGAGUGCUGCCCCCGACCUCGAGGCCUAGCUACCACCUGCCGCUGGGGACGGCAGCUCCAGGGUGGCACCAGGGAAAGCCCAGCUCCCACUACAGUGCCCAGUGCCAUGCCCCAGGCCUCGCCGGAAGGACUGCUUACAAGUAGGCUUCUAGAAAUCGCCCCAUCUUCUACCAUCUCUUAGCCGCCGGCUUCUGAUCUAGUCUGGAAUGAGCUAGACCCCAUGGCCCCAAGGCUGUCUGUCCACCUGUCUGGCUGCACACACCCCCCCCAUGCCCCCUGCCCCAGCACCCAGUAUCUGGAACCAGGGGGAAGGUUGUCCAUUCUAGCCAUCAGCCCCCAACAAAGGCCUUCCAGACAGAGGUCCCGUCCCAGGUCCCAG